AUGGCGGAAGACCGCAGCUGGAUGUACACGGGCCGUCAGAGCAGGACCUCAAUCACCCCCGAGUGGGCGGAGAAGGCGAUGGAGUUCGUGGAGCUCGCCUUCCGCCGCGUGCCGCCGGACGGCUGCGUGUGGUGCCCCUGCGCGUGCUGCGGCAACAGGCGAAAGCAGUCCAAGUACGACAUGCAGAUUCACCUGGGCAAGAACGGCUUCCAGCCUGAUUACACGGUGUGGGUGUACCACGGCGAGAGCCGCAGCGGCCGCACUGCUAAGCCGUCCCCCGGAGGCAAUGGUAAUCUUGACGGGAAAAAGGAUGUGGAGGUUGCUGCUGCUGGUGGGGAGGAAGUGUCAAAACCGCAGGGAGCUAAGACUAGAAAGAGGGAGAUUUCCCUGAUUGAGGCGUAUGCAUUAAGCAAGCUACGGAAAGAGGAGCGGAUAGAGUGGGGUUACCAACGGUACCUGUGGGAGAAGGAAAAACUCCGGCAGCAGGAGCAGCAGAAUGCACCAAAGAGGCCGCGCACCUCUGGCGCGCCCACUGCCGAGCUUGCUGAAGAUGAAGACAACAAGGAUGCCAACAGUUGUGCUUCCAGCUCUGGAUCAAUCUAGUGUUAUGUAUCUUACCUGUGAGAAUUCUAGCAUUGUUGUAGUUUCUGGACUUGUGAAAAAUUAUGCCGCCCCUGCUGCAGCUCCAAAUAUGUUCGAGAACAGCUCGUGCAUCCGAACAUGCUGAGACCUCCAGCCUACUAUCC